AUGUCCAGCAAUAUACCCAAUGGGCAGUAUCUUGAGUUUUCAGAUAAAUUAUUUUGCAACCGCUCAUCCUCGAAGCAAGCUAACCUUCCUUAUUAUUCAGAUAAGGUCUUAUUACCAGAAACAGUGUUGGAACAGUUAUUGAACGAGCAGAAAGCACUUAACAUCAAAAGUCUACCACAUCCAUUGAUAUUUCGUUUGAGUACGCCUAGCAAUCAAUGCUAUGCAGGUGUUCGAGAAUUCAUAUCUAGUGAAGGAGAAAUCGAAUUACCUGGCCUUUUGGGGGACAAGUUAGGAAUAUUACAGGAUGCAAUGAGCACACCGGUGAUUGUGCAGCUAGUUAACGAGGUAAAGAGUGCAAAAAAAUUAGUUUUGACUCCAGAAAUGGUAUAUAGUCAAUUUACAAGUGAUCAGGACUGGAAGUGGUUUCUCGAAGCUAAGCUGACUUCAUUAUACACUACACUUACACAGGGAGAUGACCUAAUAAUAAAGGACGAUAGCGCUUCUUUGCAAAUAUAUAAACUAAAAGUUUCAAAGACUUCACCAGGUAGGACUGUCUGCAUAAUAGAUACAGAUAUAGAUUUAGAUAUAACUCCUUUGAAUAAUGAAAUGGCGGAGAGAUUAUCGGCCGGAAAGGCAAAAAGAGAUGUUGAAUUUCUCACAGUCAAGGUCGAUGAUGUUGCUACUGUUUCUGUUGAGAAUUCACAGAAGUUACUUAUUAAUGUUACUCCAAAUAUUCAACAGCACGGCUUAAUUAUUUCUGCAGAUGUGGAUUUUGCCAUUUCUGGAAAUAGAUUAAUUAGUCAGGAUUUAUUUCUUAAAUCCACUUUUUCGAAGGGUGAUAAAGAGUUAAUUAUUAAUACAGGAAACAAACUGUUGGAUGGGGCAAACAUUUAUGUUAUCCCGAUGGGGAGGGAAUUUGUUGAAGCCAAAUUUAAGAUUUGCAGUGCAGAUCGAAAGAUUGUGGAGGUCGAUAAUAAGGAUAAUGAAGGGACAACUUCGCACAAUUCUUCAUAUGUUCAAUGCGCCUAUUGCAAGUCUUGGAUUUUAAAAAGGUCACAGUUGAUGCAUGAAAAUUUCUGCAGAAGAAAUAACAUUCCAUGCGAUAAAGGUUGUGGAAGGGUCUUUUUAAGAAAGAUUCCGGAGACUCACUGGCACUGCUGUUCAACAUAUGGAGAUUCUACCGAAUCAUUACGUCUCCAUAAGGAGUAUUGUCAUGAAGGGCCAGUUACGUGUCCAAAAUGUGAUAUGAAAUUUUCAAAUAAGCAGGAGUUAUGCAGGCAUAGAGAUAUGGAAUGUCCAAAAUCAUUGCAUGAGUGUCGCUUUUGUCAUCUUAUUGUUCCUAGAGGCGAGCAAACUCCUGAAACUAGACUAUUAGAUAUGUCAGCUCAUGAGUUCACAUGCGGGGCUAAAACAACAGAGUGCAGAAAUUGUGGAAAAGUAAUUAGGAGAAUGGACAUGGAAUCACACCAUAGAAUACAUGAACUUGAUAGAGUCAGCAGAUCUGAACCAAUCGUAUGUUCGAACCAGAACUGUACUAGGAUAAUUUCACAAACAGGUGCACAGAAUGUUUUUGGUUUAUGCAAUGUGUGCUUUGGCCCACUUUAUUCUUCAGCAUAUGACCCUAAGCAUAUUAAGUUACGUUCAAGACUUGAACGAAAAUAUAUUAUUCAGAUGCAACAUGGAUGUGGUAAUAAUUGGUGUGACAACACGUUUUGCAGGAGUUCUAAACGAUUUGCAUGGAAGAACCUUCAAUUGUCGGAUAUCAUCAAGUUUGUGAGGUCUGAUCUCGUACCACGAGAUGUCUAUGAACACCGGGAAUACAACUUCUGUGUUGAUGAGACAAUAACAAGACAAAAGCAUCUGGAGGAAACUUUGUUAGAAGUUCCAGACUUCUCAGAGUAUGGCAAAGGGUGGAUUUGCGAGGGGCUUAAUAGUGUCUCUGCGGGUGAAGAGAAUGCGAACCGGAUUGUUCCCAAAUUAAAAGGAUGGCUAAUUAAAUACGGCGUCAAAAAAUCUGAAUACUAA